CUGAAGGAUGGUGGCACAUGCUUCCUGUCAUCUCACUCUCUAUAUAUCAACGGUCUUGAUCUCCAGGUACGGAUCUCCCUACGGCUCUGAUCCCAUGUUCCUCCAUUAUCAAUCUCUCAAAACUCCCCAUUUCUUUUCUCUCUCUCUCUCUACUGUUCUUCAGGGAGACUACGGUCGGUCGGAUGCCCUAUAUAACACCUCCCAUGCGUCAUUCCUUCUUUUCUUUUUAGUAUUUUUUUAUUAACUUCAAUACCGAUCCGAGUAAAGUAAUUCAUGGCGGUGUUUCAGAACAACCAGUGGUUUUCCGAGUUGGGUUAGGGUUUUCUUUGUCACUCUACUCUUUUCUCUUUUCUGGGUGUGGCUUUUUUAAUUAUGGGUGCAAGGUUCGGUUAUGGAAUAAUGCAUGUGAAAAUUAGGUGUUUUAGAGUGAGGAAGAAGAGAUUGAGCUGAUAGGAAAAGAAGAGGGAAAUGUUAAUUCAGCAGUUGAGGGGUUUACAAUUCGACGAUCUUUAAGCUAUACAAGCUCCAAGUUGACCCCCAAGAAGCUGCAGUGAGGAUUUGUGUAGCUCAUGCUUAUAAAAUUAAAUUAAAAAUACAGAUAUAAUAAGUUAACAAUUAGAUAAAAAUAUGAAGCUUUCAACAUCAGGGUCUGGUCAGCAGCCUCAAGAAGGAGAAAAGAAAUGCUUGAAUUCGGAGCUAUGGCAUGCUUGCGCAGGCCCUCUUGUUUCGUUACCGACAGUAGGCGCUCGAGUAAUCUAUUUCCCUCAGGGUCAUAGUGAACAGGUUGCUGCCACAACAAAUAAAGAAGUUGAUGCUCACAUACCCAAUUAUCCAAGCCUACCUCCCCAAUUGAUCUGCCAACUCCACAAUGUUACAAUGCAUGCAGAUGUUGAAACGGAUGAAGUGUAUGCUCAAAUGACAUUGCAGCCGUUGACACCGCAAGAGCAGAAGGAUACUUUUCUUCCUGUUGAGUUGGGUAUUCCGAGUAGACAACCAACAAAUUACUUCUGCAAGACAUUAACAGCUAGUGACACAAGUACCCAUGGAGGAUUCUCUGUCCCUAGGCGUGCUGCUGAAAAAGUUUUCCCUCCGCUGGAUUUCUCUCAGCAGCCACCUGCACAGGAACUUAUAGCAAGGGAUCUCCAUGAUGUUGAAUGGAAGUUCAGGCAUAUUUUCCGGGGGCAGCCCAAACGCCAUCUUCUUACUACAGGGUGGAGCGUGUUUGUUAGCGCAAAGAGACUUGUUGCUGGAGAUUCUGUACUUUUUAUCUGGAAUGAGAAAAAUCAGCUCCUCCUGGGAAUCCGUCGUGCUACUCGCCCACAAACUGUAAUGCCAUCAUCUGUUCUGUCAAGUGAUAGUAUGCAUAUUGGCCUUCUCGCAGCUGCAGCUCAUGCAGCUGCAACCAGUAGCUGCUUCACGAUAUUCUAUAAUCCAAGGGCGAGCCCAUCCGAGUUUGUCAUACCCCUUUCAAAAUAUGUCAAAGCUGUGUAUCACACCCGUGUUUCAGUUGGGAUGCGUUUCCGUAUGCUUUUUGAAACUGAAGAAUCAAGCGUACGCAGAUACAUGGGCACAAUUACUGGCAUUGGUGAUUUAGAUCCUACUCGCUGGCCCAAUUCUCACUGGCGAUCUGUGAAGGUUGGUUGGGAUGAGUCAACUGCAGGUGAAAGGCAGCCACGGGUAUCACUAUGGGAAAUUGAACCUCUGACAACCUUUCCUAUGUACCCAUCAUUGUUUCCCCUUCGGUUGAAACGACCUUGGUAUCCUGGAGCUUCAUCUUUUCAAGACAGCAGAGAUGAUGCAGUUAAUGGGAUGGCAUGGUUGAGAGGUGAAACUGGUGAGCAAGCACUCCACUCUCUAAAUUUUCAGUCCAGUGGCAUGUUUCCAUGGAUGCAGCAGAGGGUAGAUCCGUCAUUCCUCCAAAGUAAUCUCAACCAGCAGUACCAAGCCGUACUGGCAGCAGGUUUGCAGAGUGUCGGAAGUGGAGAUGCUCUGAAGCAGCAAUUGUUGCAAUUUCAGCAACCCGUCCAAUAUCUUCAACAUUCGGGCACCCAUAGCCCUCUUUUAACUCAGCAGUCGAUUCCUCAGCAGUUUGUGCAUGGACAAACCCAAGUGUUGGACAAUUUGCCGAGAUCACUGCAGCCACAAGAGGGACAACAACAACAGCAUAAUUCAUAUCCCGAUACAUAUCUGAUGCAAAAUGAGCAGCUUCAAGCAAGGCAGCAAUCGAGCGUUCCUUCUCCCAUGUUUCCAAAGACAGAUUUCAUGGAUUCGAACCCUAAGUUUACUUCGAAUGUUGCCCCAUUGAUGCAAAACAUGUUGGGUUCACUGUGUUCUGAAGGGAGUAGCAGCAACCUUUCAAAUUUCUCAAGAACCAGUCAGCUAAUGCUUAACGAGCAUCAGUCGAACCAGCAAUCAUGGGUAUCGAAGUUCGCUCAAUCACAAGUCAAGACAUCUUCAACUUCACCAUCAGUCCUUCCAUAUCAAGGGAAAGAUGCUGGUGUUGAACAGGAAUCUUCAAGCUUGGAUGCUCAGAAUCAUGCGCUAUUUAGUGCUAUUAAUAUCGACUCAUCUGGGCUCCUGCUUCCUACAAUCGAUACUGAUUUGUCCACCAUGCCUUCAGCAGGUUCUGGGUUUCAGAACUCGCCGUACGCUGGCUACAUGCAAGACUCUUCUGAGUUGUUGCACUCUGGAGGACAAGUUGACCAACCUAACCGUAACCGGACAUUUGUGAAGGUUUACAAAUCGGGGUGUGUUGGGAGGUCAUUGGACAUCACCCGCUUCAACAGCUACCAUGAGCUGCGAGAGGAGCUGGGUCAGAUGUUUGGGAUCGAGGGUUUGCUUGAAGACCCUCAAAGAUCAGGCUGGCAGCUUGUAUUCGUUGACAGGGAGAACGAUGUGCUUCUCCUUGGAGACGACCCUUGGGAGGCAUUUGUAAAUAGUGUCUGGUACAUCAAGAUACUUUCUCCCGAGGACGUACAACAACUCGGAAAACAAGAGGUUGAAUCAUUCGGCCAAAACUCAGGUGAAAGAAUUGGGAACGAUGGCAGAGACCACCACCUUUCUGGGCUUCCUCCAUCGAUGGGGUCGCUUGAUUUUUGACCAUAACGUUUGGUGAUCUUGAAAGAAAGUGUCCAUCGGGUUCUUUUUUCGCUUGUUUUGGUCUGUUUUGACCCCGACUCUUGUGCGUGUUGUACGUAGGUAUGAUAUGUUAUUAUUAGCACCGUUGAUGUGAUGAGGAUUCUCAAAUUUAGAACCAAUCUUGACUAUGAAUUGUAAUUUCACCAUUUUAUUGUGUGUGUGUGAUCUAUUUUAUGCU